AUGUUACAUAAUCCAAUCUCUCUCCCUCCCUCGGCAUGGCCCACCCUAAACCCCCAACCCCCCUCUCACGGGGCGAGUCCCUCUCAGCGUUCUCGUCCCGUCAGAUGGCAUCCGUACGAAAGUGGGAAUCCGACCAGUGCAGGAAUGACCGGCUUGUCAGAGAAGCAGGACAAGCGCCGACUCCAGAUUACUAUCCCAAGGCCAUGCAUCGUAUGUUCAUUCAUUCUCAUCUGCUCAUCCUUUCCUUGCUCACUCCUAUUCUUUCUCAUUCCAUUCGUCACGUGUCACCGGCUGUGUUAUGACUCGACUCGAUCCAUUUGCAAUCCAAUUGCCAAUCGAACCUUCCGAUGGAAACUCACUACUGGGGCGUCUGUUUUGCCUCCUCCGGGCGUUUGUCACUUGCCGCAUUCGGAUGUCACUCUCUCUGUGACUUGUCUCGUCCGGCGUCUGCAAUUCGGCCUGACCCGCAUCGCCUUCUACUCGUGGCGGACCCAUCCCUUCUGCGUAUUUAUACCCGAAUUGAUCUACCGACGCAUACGCCUCUCCACGUUUGCCACUCUUGUCCCUAUCGGUGGCAAUCUCCCCUUUUCUCUCUGGGCUUGCUAUCAUUAUUCUCUAUUUCACUACUUUUGGGUUGGUGCUCACUCAAUAUAUCUGUACCCCUAUCUUGGUCCCUCCCUGCCGUUUUGGGACGCCAUGCUCUCCACCACCAUGUCCUAUGGUGAUCUUGCCCGUGGCUUACACCUCCAAAACCCCCUGAUUGAUUUUUCAAACCUCAAUCUCUCAAACGAAAACUACCUUUUCGACUCGGACUAUUUUUCCUAUCUCGUUGACUCGCCUGAAAAUAUGCCUUCCCCUGAAAUGCGCGACAUUGAUUACUUUCCUCAUCGUGUUUAUGUCAUUGGCGGCAAUUGUACCGGCUGCAUUUUAUCCGCGGCUGAUUACCACUGCUCUUCCUGCGGUACCGGCUCCGAUUCCUGCUGUGGCACGCGUCUUCGUUCGACCGUCUCGGUCCGUCGGCAUAAUACCCACCCUCGCUCCAAACACCCUUAUACCCGGCGCCAUGCUUCGUCUAAAAUGCAGCGUACUCGUUCAUUGACCGAUAUUAAUAAUUCAAAUGUUCCAACCCCUUCUCCCCUACGUCAAUCUGCUGUCUCCAGUGUAGGUGCCGGACAGUUGUGCGAGUCUUUCGAGUCCGCACAUUUGCCGGGCACAUUCAAUCACCCGACUCAGCCCAUCCACACCCCAUCGACUAUUAAACCCCAUGUCUUGAGAUCGAUUCUCACCACUCCAUCGACCCGUCCGUCGACUCCCAGUUCCGUCACUCCGACGACGAUUCAUCCUUCUCGUAUUCUUGUUGCGCCCGCCAGCGCCAUCAGUCCCAUCUCGCCAGUUCGAGAACGGGGAUUUUUUGGGCGACCGAUGACCCACGGCCAGUCUGCUAUUGGGGAGGCCACAAGCGGUGUCGCGGCCAGAUCAUAUGAAGGAUCAAAUGAAGGAGAUGACGAUGAUGCAAGGACGGAAAUGGGAUCCCCGGAGGAGGAUAUGGAUCACGUGGGGCCGGGGGGUGGCGGCCCAACUAGCAUAAGGCUCCCACCGAUUCAAAGCCUUCCGCCCAUGGCCACCCAACCCAUCUACCCCGGACCAACCACGAUCUCCCAAGAGUUGUUGCUCUACGGCCCUGCGGGCGUUACCCCCGCCCCAGCCGAACUUCAGCGAAACAAUGUCCACGACAAGUUGCCACCGGUCCCAGCGUUUGGACCUUCUCGCCAAGCCACCUUUUUUGGCAUUCAAAAUGUGCCCGUUGCGGACGGGACCACCAGAUUUGCGACCAUGUGUGCCCCCGGUGUCCGUCCUGUCCCAAGUUCUCGCCCGGUCUAUCCUCCUGCUGGACUCGGCGACCAAUUCAACGAAUGGAAAGAACGCCAACGCGCCAAGGAACGUGCCGAUAUCGUUGUUAAAGAUGGCGACCUUACCCCUGUGGAACGUGCCGAAAUGGACAAGCGCAUCAGCGCAUCGGCCAUGUCGGUCAAGGUGAUUAAUCAUAUAUACUACGGCGUGGACGACGUCCCCAAGACUCGCUCUCCGACGACUUUGAAGCGUCGACUUGACGAGGACGAGGAUACGGUACCGGGACCGGCGGUAAGUACCCGAGCCGGCUCUUCACGCGAUACCGCGUACUGGCCUCCGACCCCGGCAUCGAUGCCCGCGUCCCCCGAAAGCCCUCGUACUCGCCGCGGGCGCCAACGUGCCUCGCUCCGCAAAGAAGUCCUCGGGAUCGAGACUGCGGCCGUCCCCGCACCCGCACCCGUCACCGUCGAGCGCGAAGAACGCGACCAACAAGACCCGACCGGGAUCACCCACACGUACAUUGACGUGGUAGCGUUGGCUUAUUUGGCUGGAGCUAAACCCGAGAUUCACAGAGAACUUCGUGCAGCUGCAGAAUGUCAAGCUGAUCUAGCUAUGAAAAUUGCUGGUUCGAUUACCCGCGCAUAUUCGCGAAGCUUUGCCCGCUAUGGAUUGGAUGGGGGUGACUUUACGCCUUCCCCGUUGAUAGAUCCCCGGCGUACUUUCCUGGCCUCGUUGGUUCUCGCAUCCAAGUUUUUGCUUGACAAGGCGUUUUCAAACAAGGCGUGGGCAAAGCUCUUGAAGUUGGCAAGUGUGAACGUGCUUUGGGGUCUGCUCUCAACUGGCGUCUUUGGGUCGGCCGUGAGGUCUCUCGCGAGUUUGGCUCCUCGGCAUCUGAACAACCUCCGCCCACCUCAGCAAAUGUUGUCCCCGCCAUACGUCAACGAUAAUCUAUCUGUGCUUAGUAGUCCUCCUGGCUCCCAAGGCACGACAAGUUCGACACCGACGCUGUAUUCCGACUCGGAACCUGAUGCGCUCCAGGGAUACGAAGACCUCGGCCAAUGGACCGCGACUCCAGAGUAUUUCGAUUCGAACGAACCGGCCGUAGUGGACCACGAUGGAGAUUUGCAACGUGCUGCGAUGAGCUCUGAUUUGGACGCUCGCUCGCGCGCCGCAUCUAGCGCCAAGGGCGUUCGUGCCAUGAACUCCUCGGACGCUCGCGUGCGCGCGACGAUGAGCUCCAACGCUGAUGCUCUCCCGCCUUGCUCUCAUUCCCGUCCAAGUCUGCACUCUAUUCGGUCGUUUGAUCGCCCUCCUCUGCGUCACGCUGUUUCUGACAUGGUCACGCCCCAGACGGAUAGCAUGGGUUGCGCGCAUGCUGCGCCGAUCUAUGUCGAAGUCGGCCGUGAGUCUCCGUUGGCGUAUGCGGUCCUUGAUCAGCCUUGGAAUGCUAUCAAUGCGUCGCACUGGGAUUUUGGAACCGACGGCGUUGUGGGUGCUUAG